AAGAAUCGUAAUUCAGGGCAUUUAAUUUUUUUAAAAGUGUCACAUUUAAAGAAGUUGUUGGUCGACCUCAAUCUAUGUCAAACUUUUUGGUAUAGCCUAGAAGACAGCUUCAGAAAUUUUCACCCGAAUGGCACAAAUCGGUUAAUUGAUCAGAAAUCCGGCACCAAGCUACUGUGACUCUUGCAUGGUGCUGGAUAUGAUUUAUGCUGGCUCAACCCCAGAUUUCUAUUCAAUUAACCGUCUUGUGCUUUUCAAGUCAGUUUAUGCAACACGGAUGUCGCCUCACAGCAUUAAACACUCAAUAUUGAGCUAAUGCUUCUCUCAGCUUCUCAUUUUUUAAUUUGUAAAAAACAUAAAUCGAGUUGAGAUUCAGUUUUGAUUCAGAUAUCGCUGCAGUAGGUUCAAAUUCAUAAGAUAAAGUCAGUCAGGCUGAAAUAUUAAACACAAUGUUGGUUCAAGUUCAUAUUAUCUUGAUUAUGAUGGCUUGGAAUUUGAUCAAAAUUGACGCAUACUCGCAGGUGGUUGACAGUCGAGUGCUAACAAAUGAAAUUUCACAUUUUGACCAAGAAUUCGAUGAAAACUUAUUUGACUAUGCCUUAGUGACAACAGCAUCACACCCACAAAUACCCCAAAAACCCUACAAAUUUAUCGAAGAACCUGAUGACAUUCGCGCACAAUAUGGAACCUCAUUAACCUUAAAUUGUGUCAUUUCACACACAAAUGGAACCAUUCAGUGGACCAAAAAUGACUUUGGACUUGGUGUUGAUCGAAAUUUGACGGCUUAUAAGAAAUACUCAAUGGUUGGUGAUGAAAAGAACGGAAGCUACUCACUUCGUAUUGAUGAUGUUGAUUUUAAUGACGAAGGAUUCUAUCAGUGCCAAUUUUCUAAUCAUGAAGUUCAAAUGCGAUCGAGAUACGCGACAGUUUCGGUUUUUGAGGCUGUUCAAAACGUCAAAAAGAGAAGAAUUUGCUUAUUUUGUGUAGGUGUCGUGAAACAGGAGAGAUUUGUGGAUAAUGGAGGUCAACUGAGUAGAAGUGCUGGAAAUUUUGUGGUUUUGAUUGGAGUUUUUGGUAUAUUGAGCUUCAUCUAGACUCAAAGUAUUGUCAAAUCUGAGCGAUUAAAGUUCAAAAUUCAUCUUAAAAUGUGCAGCAUCCAAACAUGUGACUUGAGAUUAUCAAAAAAUGUAACUAAACUGUGUCAGCAAAUUUGUAUUAAAGUUUACUUUUCCAUUCAACAAAGUCUCUGUUUAUUGUGUUUUGUAAAUAUUUUAACGUCUUUUGUGCUCGUGAUGCAGUUUUCUUAGCAAGAUCAAAUUUCAUAUUUAGUCGUUCAAGUUUUUUUAAUGCGUAGAAAUUCAAUAAAAGCGAUUUAAAUGAUUCUAAAAUUCACUUAAAUAUUUAAAUUUAAUUUUUUUGUCAAUAAUUAUUAAAAGCUAAGAUAGAAGUUGGAGUUACAGGAAAGUAUAGCCAGCCAGCCAAAGUGGAUCUAGAAGUGACUAGUUUCCUAUGAAAAAUGCACUGAAAAUUGUUCGGUAAAUUCAGAUUUUUUCUAAAAUAGUAAAAUUCACAUUGAAGGGAAGGGGAAGUGGGUACCACCAAAAAUCCAUCAAGAUAGGUGGUCUCUUUAGUCUCCCCUUGACUAAACAUCAAACUAAACGACCUCAAUCUUAAAAGAAUCAUGAUCCAUAUGUAUAAUAUCCGAUACCAAAUAUGCUAUCGCACUAAAUAAAAGUUUAUAAAUUCCAAGCAACUUGAUCGUCUUCCUGAAUCAUGUUUCAAAUUUUUUUUACUUUCCUUAUCAACAUUUUGAGUUGCUCACAAUGCCUGACCAAUGAGCAUAAAUGAAACAUUGCAAAACAUCAAUAAAACAUUGCAAAACAUCAAUAAAACAUUGCAACACAUCAACAAAACAUUGCAAAACAUCCAUAAAACAUUGAAUACAUCCAUGAAACAUUGCAACACAUCAACAAAACAUUACAAAACAUCCGUAAAGCAUUGCAAAACAUUCAAAAAGCAACAACCCAAUGUUUUUUCAAUCAUAU